UCCCAAAAACAAGGGCUCUGGUCUUAAUACCCUCCUUCUUGUUAUCUGGUGUAAGAGGAGUGAAAGGACAUGUGGUGGGAAGUAAAAUUAUGCUAUUUUGCCUUUGCCAUUUAGCACGCUAGUCGAAUCUCUAGUAUACACAGGUGCUUUCCUGAUUUUUGUGCGAGUGACAUAAAUGGUGUUGGCUGAUGUUAUUUUGUCCUGUUUCUCCCUGCAGGAAGCUGCACAGCGGAAUGAAGACCUACGGAUGCGAGCUUUGUGGAAAACGCUUCCUAGACAGUCUGCGCCUAAGGAUGCACUUGCUGUCUCACUCAGCUGGUGAGAAAGCCAUCGUUUGUGACCAGUGUGGAGCUCAGUUUCAGAAGGAAGAUGCUCUUGAGGCCCACCGGCAGAUCCACACAGGAUCAGAUAUGGCCAUCUUCUGUUUGCUGUGCGGGAAGCGCUUCCAGACGCAGACAGCUCUGCAGCAGCACAUGGAGGUCCACGCAGGCGUGCGCAGCUACAUCUGCAGCGAGUGCAACCGCACAUUUCCCAGCCACACCGCACUCAAGCGCCAUCUCCGUUCGCAUACAGCAGGUGACCAUCCAUUUGAGUGCGAGUUCUGCGGCAGCUGCUUCCGAGACGAGAGCACACUGAAGGGACACAAACGCAUCCACACCGGAGAGAAACCCUAUGAAUGUAACGGCUGCGGCAAGAGGUUCAGCCUCAAACACCAGCUAGAGACCCACUACCGUGUCCAUACAGGUGAGAAGCCGUUUGAGUGCAAGCUCUGCCACCAGCGCUCCAGGGACUACUCGGCCAUGAUCAAACACCUGCGUACCCACAACGGAGCCUCACCGUACCAGUGCACCAUCUGCCUGGAAUACUGCCCCAGCCUCUCCUCCAUGCAGAAGCACAUGAAGGGCCACAAGCCCGAAGACAUCCCCCCGGACUGGAGGAUAGAGAAGACUUACCUCUACCUCUGCUACGUCUGAAGGAGGGAGACGACGGGGAGGGAAGGGAGCAGGAGGGCGAGGGGUUUGAAGCGCCUGGAAACACAGUCAGGAAAUGGAUGGAUUUGUUGGUGGUGCUGGGCAAGGCGGACAGAAAUCUUACCCCGUCAGUAUAGCAAAACAUUAAAAAAAAGCAUCAUGUUAUAGCCGUAUAUGGGAAGUCCACUCUCUACAUGUCAGCUUACGUCCCAAACGUUAAAUAUGUCUUAUCAGUCAAACGACACACACUUCAACAACGAUUCCUCCUCUUCAUAAGGAUGCCCUCUUCUGGUACAAAAACAGUAGUGUGAACCAGACACAGUGUUUAUCUCUCAGAGAUGUGCAGGAAGCACUUAGACCCUUCAGUGGUAACGUGCCAGUCAGGUACUCCACAGCAAAUAUGAACAGUCAUGUUCAUCAGGGUCAUUACUGCAAACUGGAACGUAAGCUUCCUGCAAAACAUGUUCACGAUGCCCGGCUGACAGUCAGCAUGUAGAUCCCUCCCAUAUGAUUCACAUUCAUUAAGGGCUUAUUGGUUUAACCAGCGUACAAAUCAGCUAAGCUCUCAGUACUCUGCUCAUCAAUGUCAUUUAACUUUUUUUUUUCUCUCGGCAUAGCGCGUAUUACAAGCUGACUUCACGACGACAGUUUUUGUUUGAUGUUGAUUUCUCAAGCGCAACAUUUCGAGUUUAUUUCAAGCAGAAUAACACGCACACACUGUACAUGUUCAUGUUAUCUCCUCCUUCGCUUAUCAAGUCUGAAAUCGCUUAACCGUUCGAAACGAGUAACUUGGCAAUACAUACAGAACAUCCAUUACACACUAGAAAUCUAAUCAACUGUUUAUGCUGUUGUUAUAGAGACCAAAAUGAUGACUGAAGCUGCUUUAGUCAGUGGCUUGCAGACUGAGCGGCACUGUGACGUACAGGGCUCGUCCGCACAUAUCCGUGUGUUCGUAGGUGGUCAUGAGGCUUGGCCUGUCCAGCCGGGAACGCUGGGAUGAAUGAACAGAGCAGAUCAACUCUUUUGGUUUGGUUCCUUUCGCUUUGUUUGUGUUUCCUAUUAUACCUUGAUUUACUUCAGCACAUCGUACUUGAAUUACCUCGUUUUUUUGUGACCUCAUGUGCUAGUGUUUUCAUUUUUCCUUUGUUUCUUUAUAUAUUUGACUGUUUGCUUUGCGAGCAGGAGCGGCGUGUGCUUUUAUGUACUUACGAAAUUAAGUGCCAUGGUGAAGAGAGAUUGUCUUUCGUUCGAAGUUUGUUUUUCUUUGCAUUAAUCUUACCAAACUUGGUAUUAUGUUUUUGUUUUGUUUGUUUGUUUUGUUUUACUAACCCUGCUUGUUGAAGAGCUUGUGGGUUUGGUCAUUUUUGUUGUAAGCUACCUCUAAGUUUUGUUUCUUUUUGUUGUUUCGUUUGCGAAAGCACAUUUGUUGUGUUUUGCGUUAUUUCAACUUCAUCUCACGCUUUCAAGUGUUGUACGUCGGAAGCGACGAAUAUGAAAGGGUAGGAUUUGCUUAUAGGAAAGGCGAAUUGAAAAAAAUAAUCAGAACUUUCCCUAUCAGUCCCCCCCACCCCUGUAAAUUGUUACCUUAAGAGCAGAAAAGAGAUUUCUGAAGCCUUAAGUUCGGGGUCGGAGUUGAUCUGGGAGGUGCGUAUGGAACAAGUGAAGUGUAGUACUUUAAAGUCUGGAAAAAAAAAAAACGUUAAACUUGAAAAUAUGUGAAUAGAAUUGUAGUUUUGUAAUGUGAAAAAAGAAGGUUCACAGAGCGUGAGCCGCCAAGAACAGGUCAUAUGCAGCAGUGCAUUGUGCGUUGGACAAUUGGGACUGCAAGUGGUAAUCAAAGACGAAAGGAAGAAGAAAAAAAAAAAACGAAAAAUCCUGUCAGUUGACAUGUUUCUUUGUAUGAGUGUAGUCCUGAGCAAGAGCCAACAGAGGCCAUUUGAUAUAUAAAAUUGUGAUAUUUUUGUAUUAAGUGUCAGUCCCUUUUUUCCAUUUGUUGAGGUUGCAGCGGGGCAAAACUUUGUAGUUCUUUUUUUAUAUCAUUAUUCUCUCGUUUGAAUCGUUUGCCUUGCUCCUCUUCGGUAAUGUUGGACAGUGCGUGAUCCUAUAGUGGUAAAUGUUGCUUUCUGGAUGUCAAUACAUUGCAGGUGAAGGACUAAAUCAGCCACAUUCUCCUUUGUGAAAAUAACAACAAACAAACAAAACUAAAAAAGAUGUGAUGCCAAUGAUCAAUUCCAUUGCACACGAUAUCUCAGACAAAACAAUCAAUGUUGCCAACGUUUUGUUUUUUACUUGAAGUGACUAAAAAAGAAGGGAUGGGAAGACGCGUCAAAGGAAACGUUAAUUGUCGUGUGUCUUGCCGUUGUUUUCUGGAAAACACUGUGAGUUUGGGCAUACUUGCCCCCUGUGAGAAUUUAAAAACUAGUAGCGCCAUGAAAAAAAAAAGGCAGAAAUAUAUAUUUUGUUCUGUAAAUGGAUAAUGUCGACUGAUGUUAAAUGGGUAAAACAGAGUUUUGCAAUAUGUGGCAACAAUACGAGAUAUUAAGUCACAUGUUAGUGUACCUUUUUGAUUUUGUACUUUGCUUUGAGUGUUUUCACUGUGUGUGUGUGUGUGUGUGUGUGUGUGUGUGUGUGUGUGUGUGUGAGCACGUUAGUGUCAAAUGCACUAAUCUGAAGUCAUAUUCUAUGCCACUUUUCUCUCACCGUGAUUAAAAAAUAUUGGCAUCGAUAUAGUUCUUCCCUCAAUGUUCUUCUGAUGUUUCUGUAAUAUCUUUGUGCCUAAAUGAAAUUGUUCAACAAAUUGUCCACAUAUAUCUGCUUAGUUUCUGUAUUUUCAAGAAAAUUAUUGGUGUCUUCAGGGCUCCAGGGGUGCCAUGAUGAUCUCGGAUGGAUUCACUUGAGACGAUUUUUGUUACGUGAUGAUCAUUUGGUCUAUUUUCAGUGGUUCCACUGGCGACCGAUCAGUAUUGUAGUGUUUUAUACACAGCUCGACAAAGACAAGCCAAACAUUCCUUGGAUCGGAAUAAGAGCGUUUUUCACAAUGAAUAUUCUGCUUUGAGGGGGAAAAAUUGAUGUUUGAGAAUCAAACUUACUUUCAUUUCCUCAUUCUUUUUUUGCCUCAGCAACAGGUUUGCUGAUUAAACUUUUCAACCAUGUCCCUUUAACAUUCGGCAUUUGUACUGCCCCUACUAGACAUUUUUAUUUGUUGUUUAAAGUACUUAUGUUAUCAUUGCAUCCCUGGAGUUGGCUCACUGUGUUCCAGUGUGGUGUUCUAGAAAGAGUAGCCAUUUCAUGCUGUGUUGCCAUGCAUGUGCCAUUGAGGUCAAAACUAAACUGUUUGAGUAACAAAGCACCAAGACGUUGUCUUUUUUUUAUAUUAGCACUGAGGACCAAUUGCCCUGUCGGACCAAGCAUAACAAAGCUUUUUAUGUAACAAAGCAGUUUCUCUCUUCCCCCUCUCCUUCUCUGGCUUGUCUGUAUUUUUUUCCUCCCUUGUGACAGCACAAGUGCCAGUCCUGUUGCUCUUUAAGAAUAUAGUGUUUUGUUUCUGGGGAUUUUAUUUUUGUUUGUUCUAUUAUUAUUAUUUGAAUUGUUAUAGUUACGUCUACCUCAGCACCUAAUCUUAGCCUAAUCUUAGAAGGUGCCCAAUUAUUAUUAUUAUUUUUUUCAGUUUGUUGUCAAUUGUACAAAUUUUUAUUUGCAUUAGAGCUUUGCAACGGUCCUCUGUCUUUUCCAGCAACAUGCUAUUUUUUGUGGCACUACUUUCUGAAUGUUGUGCUACAGAUAUUGGCAUCAGUUUCCUGAUGUAGUCUUUCUUUCGGUGUAGGAUCAGACACAUCUCUUUGUAACAUUUCAGUGUUCUCUGAUGGAGUGUGAAAAAAAUAAAGAAUUUAAAGAGAUCGAACGCUGCAGGUUUUCUUCUCAGUGUUGUCACAAAGUAAAUUUUGUGCCUUUAAUAGUGAAAGAUAUUUUUUACAUCCUACUAACAGUAGAUUGUUUUUGUAGUGUUGGUUUUUUUUUUUUUAAUUUAUGAGUCUCAAAA